AUGAUCAAAAUUUGGAGCAUGAAGGCCAAAGAGGCCGCAGCCGAGAAGAAGAAACCAAAGACCAGUGCUGCUCAAAUCCGUGUACAGAAAGACUUGGCAGAGCUUGAGAUUCCUUCGACCAUCAAACUCGACUUCCCCAAUCCUGAAGACAUCUUGCAUUUCAACGUUACUAUCAGUCCUGACGAAGGGCUCUACACAGGUGGUCAUUUUGCAUUCACGUUUAAUAUCAACAACAACUAUCCACACGAGCCACCAAAAGUGCUUUGCAAGCAAAAGAUAUAUCAUCCCAACAUUGAUCUGGAUGGCAACAUCUGUCUCAACAUCCUGCGCGAGGACUGGAAGCCUGUUCUAUCAUUACAUUCUGUCCUUGUCGGUUUGCAAUACCUGUUCUUGGAGCCCAAUGCUGAUGAUCCUUUGAAUAAAGAGGCAGCAGAAGACUUGAAGCAAAACAGGCAGGGAUUCGAGAUGAACGUCAAACGAACAAUGGCUGGAGGUGCACUCAAAGGCAUACAAUACGACACCGUGGUUGCAUAA